AUCUUGGAGAGAUAUUAGUGAAUUAAAGAAUGAAUGUGAUAAUUAUGCAGAAGCAUUUUCUUUAAUACAAUAUAAAUUGAAAGAUGCUCUUCAGUAUCAUGAAAAAAUAACCGACAUUCAGCAAGGUAUGGAUAAUAUUAAAGAAUUAAUUGAAAAAAAAAUAUCAGAAAUUACAAAAAAUGAAGAUGAAAAUGACUGUCUUGAAAAUGGUGCAUUAGAAUGUGUUCCUGUCGAAGUUGAAGGAGCUAUGAGGGACUUUAAAGAUGUUGGCAAUAAAUUUGAAAUUAAUGUCGAUGAAAUGGUGACGCAAUUAAAUAUUGAUCAAAAACGAAUCUUUGAUAGAAUUACUGCUGGUAUAUCUGAUGAUAAUAGUGAAGUUCUUAGACUUUAUGUAAGCGGUGAAGGUGGUACUGGAAAGAGUUUUUUGAUAAAAACUAUUAGAUGUUGGAUUAAAAAAUAUAUUGAGAAAGACACAGCGGUAACUGCACCAACCGGUAUAGCAGCUUUUAAUAUUGAUGGACUUACUAUUCAUAGAUUAUUUCAAUUACCGGUAGAACAUGGUCGUACUGCCAAAUAUACACAACUUUCUGAUGUAGUUCUUAGAAUUAUACGGGAGGAACUUAAGAAUGUUGUUUUAAUAAUUAUUGAUGAAGUUUCAAUAAUUUCAAAUAUCACUUUAAUGUACAUACAUCUUCGAUUAACAGCGAUAUUUAAUACCAUGGAUUGCGAUAAUGGAUGGUUCGGCAAAAAACAUAUACUUUUUUUUGGAGAUUUAUUGCAACUUCCACCUGUGCAUGAAGAUCCGCCUUUUAUUGAAUUAUCAAAAUUAAAAAUUGAGAAAUAUAUUGGUGCAAUGGGUAAGAUUAUGUUAACUCUUUUUGGAAUACCGGUAAUAUUUCAUAUUGUAUCUAACGAUUUUCCGAUCUCACAAUCCGGCAUCUUAGGAAACAAUUUCUUUAAACAAACCUCAUCGAAAAUAGAUUACGCACAAGGACACUUGGAUGUCUCUGGAAUCAAUAUACCGUUCUUAUCACCUGAAGCCAUCAUAGUAGCUCGGCGAUCGGAAUCAUUAUUUUAUGUAAAAAUAGAAAAUCCAAAACUAAAAGUAGGAUACAUACCAAGACUAAAGGUGGCACACGGAAUAUAUUUGGAAGACACCAUCGUGGAGAACGUUGCUGGAAAGACAUAUUUAAAUGUCAUAAGUACUUUGAAUGAAGAAGCGGAAGUAAAUGUUCCGACUUUGCGCCUAAAACCAUUGGGCGAAUUAUUAGACGACCAUGAUUCAAAAAUCGAGGCUCUAAACAGUCCAGAAAAGCCAAUGAAUAAGAAAAAAGAAGAAACCACUUACGGAACAUUUAUACAUUGUAACGAUACGUUACCAGCCUCCGUUACUAACGGCCUAGCGGGCCGAUCCACCGCGCGCUUUUCGAGGCUCGGCGCUUAUGGCAUCCCUAAGCUCCCACACCCGUGUCUCGGCCCCACCGUGGGGCCGCCCCACCACGCGCCGACUCGC